UACUUCAAAAAGAAGAAGAAGAAAUCUAAACAAACACCUUAUGAUUGUCUCAAGUCUCAAGUCUCAACUGACAAUCAAAUGAGAUCUCAAAGCUACAACAGUCCUUCACUUCCAAAUGUUCCUCACUCUAAACCACUGUCUUCCACAACUCUCACGCAUACUCAUACGCCAUGUCUCAAACCAACAACAAAACCUCUCCACAAAACUCGUUCUCUUCCACGACCCCUUAGCACAAUUGUCUUAUAUGGAACUAUCCCAAAAGUUCUACGAGGCCAUGAAAGCCUGUGCUUCCAUCAAGUCCACACCCAUUGCUCAAAAACUCCAUGCACAGCUUAUAUCCACUGGCCUUGACUCUUCCGUUUUCCUUCAAAACCAUCUCUUGCAUUUGUACUCCAAUUGCAAUCUCAUCGACGAUGCUUGUUGGGUUUUCAACAACAUUGAGUAUCGUAAUGUUUUUAGUUGGAACACGAUGAUUAGUGGGUUUGCUGAUUUGGGUCGGAUGAGUGAAGCAGAGAAGGUGUUUGAUGAAAUGCCUGAAAGAGACUCUGUUUCUUGGACUGUGAUGAUGUCGGGCUAUUUCCGUAAUGGUCAACCAGAAAAAACUUUAAAUAUGUUUGUUUCGAUGGUACAGGAUGGUAAUUGUGUUAAUGAUCCGUUUUCUUUCACUUGUGCAAUGAAGGCUGGUGGCAGUCUCGCAUACAUGAAGUUGGCUCUACAAUUACAUGGUCUUGUGGAGAAGUUUGAUUUUGGAAGCAAUGUGUAUAUGGCUAUUCAGAAUUCAAUAAUGGAUAUGUAUAUUAAGUCUGGAAAAGUGAGUUAUGCUGAGAGAGUGUUUUUGAGGAUCCCAAAUCCAAGUUUGUUUUGUUGGAACAGUAUGAUCUAUGGAUAUUCCAAAUUGUAUGGGGUUGGAAGGGCUUUCGACUUGUUCAACCAGAUGCCUGAACGUGACUCCGUGUCUUGGAACACGAUGAUAUCGAUCUUCUCUCAACAUGGCUUUGGGGUUCAGAGCCUUGGUACUUUUGUUGAGAUGUGGAGUCAAGGUGUUAGACCGAAUUCCAUGACAUAUGCCAGUGUACUUAGCGCUUGCACAAGUAUAUAUGAUCUUGAAUGGGGUACCCAUUUGCAUGCUCGGAUUGUUCGAAUGGAGCCGACUAUUGAUGUUCUAGUUGGUAGUGGUUUGGUUGAUAUGUAUGCAAAAUGUGGAUGCUUAGAAUUUGCUAGGCAGAUCUUUGAUAGCUUAACAGAACACAAUGCAGUUUCUUGGACUUCUUUAAUUAGUGGACUUGCACAUUUUGGGUUAGAGGAAGAAGCUUUGGAACUGUUUAAUCAAAUGAGAGAGGCUCCUAUUUCCUUGGAUGAGUUUACUCUUGCAACGAUUCUGGGGGUUUGUUCAGGUCAAAAGUAUGUUUCAAUUGGGGAGCAGCUACAUGGAUAUACAAUCAAGACUGGAAUGGAUUCCUCUGUUGCUAUAGGAAAUGCUUUAGUUACGAUGUACACAAAGUGUGGAAAUGUACAGGAAGCGAAUCAUGCAUUUGAACUGAUGCCAAUAAGAGAUAUAAUAUCACGGACAGCAAUGAUCACUGCAUUUUCUAAGAUUGGUGAUAUUGAAAAAGCUCGACAAUGUUUUGAUCAAAUGCCAGAGCAGAAUGUCAUAACUUGGAAUUCAAUGUUAGGCACAUAUACUCAACAUGGUUUUUGGGAAGAAGGUCUCAAAUUGUAUACUUUGAUGCAAAGGCAAGGAGUUAAGCCUGAUUGGGUCACUUUUGCAACUUCAAUUAGUGCCUGUGCUGAUCUAGCAAUACUAAAACUUGGUAUCCAAAUUGUAUCUCAAGCUGAAAAAUUAGGGUUUGGUUCUAAUGUUUCAGUUGCAAAUAGUGUUGUUACUAUGUAUUCAAGGUGUGGACGAAUUGAAGAAGCACAAAAAGUCUUUGAUUUGAUACACGAGAAAAAUGUGAUUUCUUGGAAUGCGAUAAUGGCGGGAUAUGCUCAAAAUGGUCAAGGUAGGAAAGUUAUAGAGAUUUUUGAGAAUAUGUUGGAGAUGAAAUGCUCACCUGAUCAUAUAAGCUAUGUAUCUGUUCUAUCAGGUUGUAGCCAUGCAGGGCUUGUAACAGAAGGGAAGCAAUACUUUUAUUCCAUGACUGAGGAUUUUGGUAUCUCUCCAACAUCUGAACAUUUUUCUUGUAUGGUGGAUCUGCUUGGUCGGGCUGGGUUACUUGAGGAGGCCAAGAAUUUGAUUGAUGGAAUGCCUUUUAAGCCAAAUGCUGCUAUUUGGGGGGCUCUCCUUGGCGCUUGUCGGACCCAUUGUGAAUCUAAAUUAGCAGAAGUUGCAGUGAGGAAUUUACUUGAGUUUGAUGUGGAAGAAUCUGGAAGUUACAUCCUUCUAGCAAAUAUAUAUUUAGAUUCUGGCAAGUUAGAAAGUGUUGCAGAUGUGAGAAAACUGAUGAGAGAGAAAGGAAUACGAAAGAAUCCUGGUUGUAGCUGGAUAGAGGUAGAAAACAGGGUACAUGUAUUCACUGUAGAUGAGACUAAUCACCCACAAAUCAAGGAUAUUUACAGAAAGUUGGAGGAGAUGAUGAAGAAGAUAGAAGAUACAGGAAACUACAAAAAUGCAAUUAGGUCACUUCGUGGACAAGGCUACCACAGUGAGAAACUUGCAGUGGCAUUUGGUUUGAUUAAUUUGCCUACUUGGAUGCCUAUCCAUGUAAUGAAGAAUCUUCGAGUAUGCAAUGAUUGUCACCUGACAAUAAAGCUGAUUUCCCUUGUUACCUCAAGGGAACUUAUAGUGCGUGAUGGAUACCGAUUUCAUCAUUUCAAGAAUGGAUUUUGCUCUUGUGGAGAUUACUGGUAAUCUGAAGGUAUCGAUUUUGCUCUUGUGAAACCUACUGGUAAUGUACUAAUUUAUUUUAUUUAGAGGAACCAGUACAUUAAUUUUUCCCCCUCUCAAUUGUGUCCGUGUGCCACUAUAUUUUUGUUAUUUCAAUUGAAGAGGGAAAAGAAAGUGAAUAGAAUAGAUAAGUCUUGCAGAACUUAUACCAAAAAAAAGAGAAAAAGAUAAGUCUUGCAGCUUGGUCAGAACCCAAGAUGCAAGUGACAAGUUUUCAAGCCCUCAAGCCUUCCUCUUCAUACUCUUUUUGUUUUUGAUGGGGACAUCAGUGAGAGAUUGCUCUCUAGGCUAGGAAGACAAGGCUGGUAAAGAUGUAAGUAAACCCUCAAGGAAAGCAGUCUUCUUUGUGUUAGAUUUCCUUGUGAUGUUUUUGGUUUGUUUAUCCUGUAUUUUCUGUUUCAUGAUUGAGGUACUUCAUAAGAAAGCCCUGGAAGAGGAUCCUGAGUUUAUGAUUAUAUGAAAGGGAAGCUCUUCAUCCUUGAUCACAAGAUCAUGAAGAGAGAAAGAUUUCAGCAAGAGUAGAACUUUCCCAUCUCUUUAAUGCCAGAGUUUCUCUCUUUGACAGAAGUAUAUGCUGAAGAGAUUUCUGCAGAGUUUCAGUUACAUCAGAGUAACUUGAGUAUUCUUUUCCUUCAACCUUGGAAAUAAAAAUGCUGCUUCAGGUGUAUGAGAGGCUGAUCUGAGGACUAGGCUGAUUUAUUAAAUCCAGAGCAGCAUAAAGCGGCUGCUGAUGUUAAGCAUUAAGUGACUGCUGAUGCUUCAUAUAGCGGAGUGUAUGUAUGCACACAUACUAAUUCAGUUAAUUAUCAAUUUUUAAUGGAUUGUAUCUAGUUCUUAAGAAGUACUUUGUCUGGAUUUGUUCCAACUAUUCUAGGUUUGAUUUCCUUGAUACAGGUUGUGACCUAUCAGAUGAAUAUGAUUUCUUAUUCUAUUACA